AUGACGGCUGGUUCUGCGUAUUUGCGAGUCUGUAACGAAAUAUGCAGUGAGCCUCGUGUGUUAAGCCCGCCCGCCGCCGCCGAGGACGAAGGCAGCGCGACGCCGACGGAUUCGACGCCAAAACGACGGCGAAAUAGCACGCGACAGACCGGCCGGAGUUUCAAGAAAUAGUGGGCACCUGUGUUUCAGGCAAAACGAACGUUUUCGUGAUUGAGAGGGGUGCGAGUGUUGUGAUUUGGCAUUCAUUUCCAGUGAUACAGAAGGCGAUGGUAUCCCCGAGCGGACGACGGCCUGAGCUGGCGGCGUCGCCGUCGACUUCGAGAAGCUCCAAAAGUCCGCAUUUCUUCGAAGACGACAUGAUCUACCACGAAGUCCGUCGGUUUGACUACGACAACCGCCAGACAGAACCAGUUAGUUUCCUAAAAUCUUUUGAAAAAAUGGAUUGAAGCUGGACCGGUUAUAGUUCAUCCAUCAUUCGCUUGGUGGAUCAUGGAAGACGCUUAAAAUCACAAUAAAUGUCCGAUGAGAUGAAAAAUGGCGGAAUCAGACCUAACCCUAUUACUUUACAACCCAAAAAAGGUUAUACACAUCAGAUAGUACUAAUAAAUCUGAUACAAACUAAGAGAGAUUUUUCAAAAUCUGUAAGAAUUUUAAGAAAAAAAUUUCUAUUUAAUAUUUCUAGUAUGGCAUCACGAAUGAAGCUGAUUUCGCUUCCCUUGAUCGUUCAAAAAAACUCAAAUUUGAUUGGUUACCAAAUCGUCAAAAAAAUUUGUCAACCAUAAGGCCGUAAAAGGUCGCGUUUGAUCAUAAAAGUUCCAUCUCUCAUAAAACUCCAUACUCUCACGAGAUAUUCCUAUUUAAUGAUUCCGAACUGGUCCUAUUAGAUUUUUAAUAUUCCUUGCAGCUGUGGCAAACUAAAUCUUUUUUUUUAGCAAUCCGUGGCUCUAGAAAGCGCAGAAAAAAAAAACCCUCAUCCGUUUUUUCAACAUCAAAACGGCAUAAAUUUUUUUAUUUAUUUUUUUACAGCCAAGAAUUUCCUUCACUUUUAUUUUUCAGAAAAUUUUAAGAACCUGACUCCAGUUAGACAUGUGUAAAGCAACAAUUUUGACCAUCAGAGAGUCCUAAUUUUUUUCCCAAGGAUGUGUAACAUUUGCUGACUUGAAGAUAAAUCAGCUUUUUUUUGCUGAAGCCGGAGACAAUUUUCCCUUGUCUUAAUCUUCACUUUUCCCACAUUUUUCGUAUUUUAUACAUAAUUCCUUGCAUGCUUGAAACAAAAAUUACAACCAAGUAGUCCGAAUUUUUUUUUUUGCAGACCUUAUUGCAUUUAUUAUCAUCUUAAGUCUGCGGUGAGAGCCCGAAGUUUAAAAAAAGUACUUCGUUUUUGGUUUAUCCUUCAAAAACGAACGUCACUGCCUUGCUUGACUUCUCGGUUUCGAAAAGUUGUUGAAGCUCAAUUGGGGCCAAGGGACGCAUUUGAGACUGGCGGUCCAGUUGUCACUGAGUUCGUCGGAACCACAAAAGUUUCGUGACAUACUUUUCUCAAUUUUUCAAAGCUUUUUCUCUACAUUUUCCGACUUUACUCGCACUUAUCGACUUUUUCAAAAAAGUUUUAUAAAAAACGUGCAUCUCCAAGGUAACAGAGCUUAGUUUGUUAACAAUAUAAUUUUAUUUGAAGCAUUUCAUUUGAUGUUUCAAGACGGCAAAAAUGGCCCAUUUUUGAAGAUUUGAAAAUAUAUUUUCGUUAGAUACUCCAUUCGCCGCUGGCUUCAAAAAGUAUUGCAAAAACGUCUGGACUUUUUUAUUUUCGGCGCUCUAAAGAACUUCAUCAAGUCUUGUUCCAGACAUAAUUGAGUUAGAUAUUUUUGUCCAGUAUAAUCGAAGAUCUGCUCUUCUUGAAACAGUGAUUCAAUACAUGCACUUUUAGCCACUAAAUAAUCCUUGCAAGCUUUUUGAGGAGGAUAAUCUUUGCCGAGACCUUGACAAUCAAAGAGGAAAGCUUUUAGUGCGGAGGAUUUUUCUCAAAAUAAAUCCACAGCUUCAAAACAACAUGCUCUUUGAGUCUAUUCCCUUCCAUUCGCAAAGUGCCAGGAAAUGUCAGCGAUUUCUGUAGCUUCAGAGGAAAGUGAUUGAAGUGUUGACCCAGCGGCCGACUGUCUUAGCCGCCUCGCUGACCAUCUGCGUCGCGGUCUUUGUACGGACCUCUUCUCUAGGUCCACUCGCUCAUCUCUCGUCCUUCUCUUCCCAAAUUUGGUUCACUGUUCUACUUUUUGUUUUUCAAGAAGUUUGAUCAUCACUUGUAAAAUUUGAACUCUUGGAAAGUAUUAAUUUCUCUCUAUGUUUCAAUUUGUAUCUGAAGUUGAGAGCGACUUUCAUAAAAAAAACAUUUGUUUCAAAAAUUAGUAUCUAUAGAGCAGCAUUUCCUAUGUUUGAAAAAAAUUUUGGGACUUUUUGACUGCUUCUAAAAUGUUUCUUUUUGAACGCAAUCCUGUGAAUAAGAUUUUUUCAUUUUGUAUAGAGUUUUAAAUCUUUUUUUUUUAAUUUUUCGAAAGGCAAAACUUUUUCUAAUCGAUAAUGACGGAAAAAUUGUGAACAUUUUUUUGAACUCUUGAAGUUGAAGUUCGUGUAGAAAAAAUGACAAACAAAUAGUUCAAUUAUCUAAUUUUGAAGUUUGAAAAAUAUAAAAAGGAUAAAAUUUGAAUAAUUGAAUAUUUGAAAAAGUCUAUUUUCGGAAUAUUCUCUACUCCAUUGAAAAGAAGGUCAUACUCAUUGGAAUUUUUGAGUAACUGCCUAGUGCGUGGGUAUCAUUUUCAUAUAAACAAAAGCAGCUGGGCAGCGCGAAGAAAAUCGAAAUGCGCAUGGGAAUCAGAGGUGGCCGGCCGCAAAAAGGUGCAUUCUUUUAGGAGAGCCAAGGCGGCCCCAUCCGCGUUGUCAACGCAUUUUCGCCUCUCGAUCAAGGCAGCCAUCAAGCGAUGAUACACAUCGGCGUCGCUGACACGCAAACCUUCAGCGAGAAAAACGACUCCAACUCCAAAUAUGUCGUGAGUGUUUUUUUUUGUUGUUUUUAUUGUUUUUAUAAAUUCUGAAACCACUAAAAAAAUUACGUGUGUCUUGAUUUUGUUCACAUUUUUGUUAAACUCUUGGAAAAAUUUUUUGAUAUGUGUUCUUCCUAUGUUAAUAAUAGGCUUUUUUUAGUUCUCAAAAAGUUCAAUUCUGAAUCAUUAGUUCGACAAAAAUGCAUUGAAAAAAACAAAAUAAAUGCUUCAAUAUUAACUUUUUACAAUUCCACGGAAAUAAUAAUAAUAAGUGAAAAGUUGAAACAAAAAAUAAGAAAAAAAUUUAACGUUUUUAUUAUUAAUCUUGUUUGAUCAAUAUUUUCUCACAAAAAUUAUUUUUUCAAGGCCUAUAAUUUGGAUGUGAACGGAUGGUUCCAUGCAAGCAUCCGCUUCCGGGAACUUCACCAGUUCGCAGAGACUAUCAAGCAGAAGUAAACUUCAUUUCCCAAUAUGCAAAUUAUAAACAUGACAAAACUUUAGGUUUGGUCAAAAGUACAAAGGACCGGAAUUCCCGCCAAAAAAAUUAUUCAAACUCGACGAAAGAGCGGUCGAAGAGCGCCAAAACAAAAUAUCCAAAUACUUUGGAGCCGGUGAGUUUUCCUCCAAAAUUUGUUUGUUUUAAACUAUAAUUUUAUUGCAGUUGUACAGCACCCAGACAUUGUUCGAAGCCCCUUUUUUUGAGAAAAAAAGUUUUUUUGGAUUUUUCAAGUUGUGAGUUUUUUUACUAAGAAAAAUGUAUCCAUUUAUUUUUCAGGAGUCGUUCCGAUCCACAAGCAACUUUGUAUCUGUCGAUGUUUACAAUGGCGACGGCGAGAGAACCGUCCUGAAGUGCAGAGUUUCAGACAACACAAAUGACAUCAUGAAGGUGAGAUUGAAAAUUCCAUUUGUUUUUAGUAUGGCUCAAGAAAAAAAAAAAUGCUAAAUUGAGAAACGGGCUUUCCCGCCAAAAAAAUUUGAUAAAGUUAUGUUGAUGGAAUUAUUUUUAAUCAAAUUCCAUUUCCAGAAUUGAGCGCGGCGGAGCUCCAACAAAAUAGAGCUUUAUGACCAUAAUUAAAAAAAUUCAUUUUUUUGAAAGCUGAACUUGAAAUCGUUAUUUUUUUAUUUUUAGUGAUCGAAAUAGCAACUGAGUAUAAAAAAAUAACUCUCAAAUAUAUUGAAUAAAAAAGCUUGCAAUCAUUUAUUUCAGUUGCUAUCGGAAAAACUUGGUCUGCCGGACAGCGACGUGUUUCUCUGGCAUUUCGGCCUUUUCAUGGCUCGCUCUAGAGAUCCUACGAAAUCAGCUGUAGCGAUUGAUUCCGAUAACUUUGAUCCUCUAAGUAAGCUAGGAUAUUUUUUGUAGAAAUGAUCAUCAUCUUAGGCGUGCGUUUGCUGAGAAACUUCGAAUCGCCGUACAUCAGCCUUCAAACGGCCAACCAAAAAUCUGCUCCUCAAGGGAUUUAUCACUUCUUGACUGUUCGGUACUUGAAAAUUCAUUUCUUGAAAAUUGAAAAAUUCCAGAAAAAUAAUCUGGAGCGCUCGAGUUGAAGAGCCGUUGCUCGAUAACGAAGUCUACCUUGAUCUCAUCUAUAGACAAGUAAGCUUCCAAUAUUAAUGCACAAUUUCCUAAUUUACUUUGCUGUUUCAGGCCAAACAAGAUUACAAAAACGGUCACUUUGACAAAAUCCGCGGGGAUAUCGAUGUUCGGCUGACGGCUUUGAUGCAAAAGUCAGACAAACUUCAAGUUAGUUUCUUAAAAUAAAAUAAAAUUUUUUUCUUGAUCUUGCAGUUUGUGAAAACGUGUCAUUUGCUGCCUACAUAUUCCUACGAAAUUAUGACUCCAUGUCUGGGCAAUUUUCCAAAGAUAAACACCCCCUGCGAUGUCAAAAUCGGACGUAGACAAAUCGUUCUCUCCUAUAAAGAUGAAAACGUAAGAAAUUUAUUUCACUUCAUGUUCAAUUGGAACUUCUAAGGGUCAUCCCAUGGACAGUAUUUUCCGCGCGACGCGUGUUCGAAUCUGGCAAAUCGUGCAGAAUAUGCCAAACGACGACUUUACUUUCCAAUUUGAAUACUUGGCUGCGCGGGACACUUUCGAAUGGAUCAUAUUGCAAACAAAUCAGGCUUCCUAUUUCAUCAUCUGUUUAUGUUUAUUGUAAAUUUCAGGCCGUUCUGAUGUCUCUUCUGUUCCAAUCGAUUGGAUCAGAAAUCCUCUAUGAACAUAACAGCUUGUCGGUAGGUUUCCUUUAUGAUUCGUUUUGAUUUCAAAAUAAAUUUUUUUAAAAAAAGCCAACAACCUUAACUUAGGAAUUUCACUUUUCUGAAGUUUAAUAAUAAUAUGAAAAAAAUUAUUUUUCAUUCAAUCUUUCACGACAUUAGCCUGCAUUACAUUCCUGUUUCAAUCGAAAAUUUGUCAAAUAUGCCAUUUUGAAAAUUCAUAAUCCAAAUCUAUUUUCAGAUCGAACAACAAAUUCUUCGCGAAAAAAUGACAAAAGUCACAGUUGACCCGACACCGGUGCCAGUGACCAAGGUAAUUAUCAUCUCAUAUCUCGAAUUUUUCGCAAUUUUUUUAUUCGAAAAAAAGUUUUUUUGCAUAAAAUAAACAUUGUGAAGCGCCUUAACAAGCUCCACAUAAAAUGAAAAUUUCUAAUAAUUCCAAAUGUUUUUUUGAUUCAGAGCAAACCUCGAGAGAAUAAGCCGAUAAUCGUUCUGAAAAACGCCGUUGACACAACGGAAGAUCCGCUGGGAGUUAUGGAAAGCUACCGGAAUUUCAAUCAGAUGUAUACGACGAUUUCGGUCAGCAAACGUUGAGUUAAACGCUGAAGUUAUGUUUUUCAGGACAGCAUUCCUCAGAGAAAUGAAGCUUUCAAAAACAUCACCGACGACGACUUGUAA